CGCACCGCGCCUGCGCGCCCAGCCCCACUGCUUCGACCUCUGCCGCCGCUGUCGCCGCCGCCGCCGCCUCGGGAGAGAGGGAGCGGGAGAGGAGCCCACGUCGCCUGUCACCCACAUCCACGCCGCACCGCCGGGAGGAAAGAUGUUCGCCUGCGCCAAGCUCGCCCGCACCCCCGCUCUGAUCCGAGCUGGAUCCAGAGUUGCAUAUAGACCAAUUUCAGCAGCAGUGUUAUCUCGACCCGAGGCUAGGACUGGAGAGGGCUCUACGGUAUUUAAUGGGGCCCAGAAUGGUGCAUGUCAGCUGAUCCGAAGGGAGUUUCAGACCAGUGUAAUCAGCAGAGACAUUGAUACUGCUGCCAAAUUCAUUGGUGCAGGUGCUGCAACAGUAGGAGUUGCGGGUUCUGGUGCUGGUAUUGGAACAGUCUUUGGCAGCCUUAUCAUUGGUUAUGCCAGAAACCCUUCACUGAAGCAGCAGCUGUUCUCAUAUGCUAUCCUGGGAUUUGCCUUGUCUGAAGCUAUGGGACUCUUUUGUUUGAUGGUUGCUUUCUUGAUCUUGUUUGCCAUGUAACAGAAAUUACUGCCUGAAAUGUUGGCAUUCAUAGUAAUUACGGAUGUAAUUCUGUGUAUCUUACUGUGACCCCAAAAGCUGUAGUGCUGGUGUCAUGGAAAUGUACCGUUUCCAAAGUCAUUUCAUUAAAGAUGAAAACUUUAA